CUUAGAAUUUGUUGGUGUUGUUGCUAGGCCAGAGUGAUGAAAAGAUCAAACGGACGAAAUAUAAAAUGGAAAGACAAUUAUAUAUCUUAAUUUAUGGAAAUUUUUAACCUGAUGAGCACCAAAAUCUGAAAACAAUAAUUUUCACUUAUUUCUUGGAAAGUUAAUGAAGUUAUUCUGUUUGAAGGAUUUGGAAGGCAUAAUUUGAAGGAAACUCAUCACUGGCGAUUCUCGAAGCUCUCUCUCCAAGGCCUUGUUGUUUACAUCUUGUUAUUCUAUUAAAGACAAUGUCUUUAAGCACUAGAAUAAAUGGUUUUACAGCAUGGAUGAAUCUUAGACUCAGUCAUUCAACGGGACAUCUUAUGGAAAAUGUUUUGGUUGAUUUGCUCAAGGGAUAUAAUAUGAAGAUGCUGCUUGAAAGCCUGACUGGAAAGCCUUUCAAAAAGAUAAGAAGUUUUGAUGGCCUUUCUUUGGUGCAGAAAGAAACAAGAGUAGAAUGGAUGGUGCAAGAACUCAAACACCAUGAAAUAAUACCACAGAAUUUCAAAAUAGAUGCAAGAAUGUUUGCAAUGAAAGACACUGAUCAAGUGUUCAACCUGUUGUGGUCUCUAGUAUGCAAUGAUAUUUGGUUUGUAUGGGAAAGAUCUGACUUCCUGCAACAGAAAGAUGAGAACACGUUGUUAUCCAAGCAGUUUACGUGGGCCCCUCCAGUGACACAGCAGAAUACGCAAGCAUAUGAAGUUGACAAAUCUUUGCUGUCCGGGUUUGGAUCAAGGUCUGUUGUGCUAAAACCAACCACAGAGGAAGAAAAGAAACCAUGUAAAAAGAAGUGGUCCUUGAAACAAGCAGUAGAAGAAAGAGAUGCAGAGAUGAUUAAUCGGAAAAAAAUAAAGCCAAAUGACUACCCUGAUCCCGACUAUUGUAUUUUGGAUUUGAUCAACGUUCAUUUGAAGAUGACGAAAGAUGGCUCAAAGCUCAAAAGAGGUGUGCUGAGCCUGGAUGAUCUAUCAGAUAGCAGGGUUUUAUCUGCAUUAGUCAAUUCAUUUGUGCCAGAGACCUUUACAACCGAAGUACUUCUAAAUGACAGGUGGACCGUGAAUUUGGUUCUCUGGACGAUUGCCAAAAUGUUCAAGUGCUCAAAUCCAUUUGUUGCGGAAGAUCUAGUAGAGGGCGACGUCAUGUCAGAAUGUGCCUACUUUGCAUUUUUCUUCAUGUGUGGCUACAGAUUCAAGCAAUCAAGUGCUGUUGUUGAUAAAAUGGAAAAGCUGAAGUCAAAAAACACAGCUGUGAGCGACGAGCUUCAAAAACUACAGGCCAAUCUCACUACUUCUGCAAACCUAAAAAGAAAAACCGAGCUGGAAAAGUCUCUUGAAGACAUCGAAUCAGAGACACGGGAGCUGGAGCAAACCUUCAACGUACCAGAAUGCUAUUCGUGGGUGAAGCAUGUUUUUGAUGUUCGUAUUGAGAUAAGAUCUAUAGUUGCACAGAAAAUCAAGGAACGAUAUGAAGUUGUAAUUGUGCCCAGCAAUUUGACAAUCAAUGAGCUGGUCACUAGUAUGAUGAUCAACUUGAGCAUCACUGGAGGAACAGGAUUUUACAAUGUGUCUGGGAAGGAAAGCAUCACUAAAGACCGAAAAAUUAUUGUCAAAGAUAUAGAGACGGGUGAAUAUUUUGACGAUUUAAAGACAGAUGAUAAAAACAAAGUUUCUGCUCGGGAAGUUCUUGGUAUCAAGAAGCACGACGUUUUUGACUUACAACCGUCAUCUUUCCCACAAUAUGAGAUUUAUCUUGACUGUGGGUCCAAAAACAAGGCAUUGAAAAAAGGCACAAAAUUUUUGUAUCAAGUAUUUCCUGGAAAUAGCAUGCAGUGUCAACGACUUCUUUAUAAAGCUGCUAAGAAUGGUGAACUUGAGUCUGUACAGAAAUUGGUUGCAUUCUUUGAGAAGAGCCACAAUUUUGUUAAUUCGCGUGACAAAAAGUCUGGAAAUACCGCAAUGCAUGUUGCAUGUAGAAAUGGACAAUUAGAAAUUGUCGAAUUUCUUCUCGAAAGUGGUGCAGACGUAGACUGUUUGAAUAUUUUUGGUGUAACACCAUUCUUUCUGGCACUCGAAGGACUUCAUAAAAGGGUUGGACAGCUUCUUAUAGAAUGGGGUGCUAAUAUUGAAAAGAAAAACAGAAGUGGCAAAACAGCUUUGGAAUUACUGAGAAAUUCUGAGCUGAAAGAAUUCUACAAGGGCAGAAGCAACGAAUUAACCACAAAAGUACCUCUGAUCAUCGGUGGAGACAACAGCACUCUUUUGCACGUCCUCAAGGAACACCAUCUUGGUAUCAAAAAGUUUGCUAGUCUCAGAAGCAGAUGUCUAAAUGGCAGUACGUUUCUUCAUACAGCAGCCUAUUUCGGAAAUAUCGGUGCUGUCAAGAUUCUCUUAGCUGAGAGAGUCGAUGUAAAUUUGCUUGACUACAGAGGUGCGACACCCCUGCACCGUGUAAAGGACGCCAUGACCAUGGAGCUAUUGCUGGAAUCUGGCGCUGACAUAAAUGUGUUAGAUGAGGAUAAAAACUCUCCAUUGCAUGUGAAAUGUUAUGGUGAACAUGGAGAACCAACUCAACUUGAGUGUAUUAACAAACUGAUCGAGAAACGAAUUUCAUUGGUAACAAGAAAUCGCCGGGAAUUGAUGCCUAUUCAUUGCUGUGCAAUGCAAGGAAGGAUAGAUGGUAUUCAAGCACUGCUUGCUGCGGAUUCAGAUGGGGCAAUCAGAUUAGCACUGGAAGACGAAACGGAACUUCCUCCCAGUCUCGUCCAUCUUGCCAUUGCCAAUGAUCACUUGGAUACAGCUUGCUGGCUUCUUGGCAAUUCAUUCGAUUUCAAAGACAGCGAACCCGACCUUUUACUCGAGAAGUUGCUCAUGGACAAAAUACCAUGCUCGAAUUUUACUGCAACAAUCGAACUUCUUCUUUCAUCUGGUGCAUCAACGUGUAUUUUUUAUUCGCAAGGGAAUACGCCGCUCCAUCUAGCUGCAUCCCAACGACAUAUGACUGAUGUUCUGGAACUGCUCAUUAAUCGGGGAUCCGAUGUCAAUGCGCUGAAUGAAGACCGACACACACCACUGUUUUAUGCCGCUAGAACGAAUAACUUAAAUGGUGCCAAGAUUCUCUUGGAAAAUGGUGCUGACUUUCGUGUUCGAAAUUAUCAAGGACAGACAGCAUUCGACUUAAUACCGGACUAUGAUGAAUGGAUUGAAAGCCAGUACUUUUUAGGAGAUAUUUUAGCACGACUUAAAGCCUACAGUCUGAAGCAAGCGAGAGAUCUGGUUCGUGUCAUAUCCAAAAAGAUUCAAAAUGCUGAACGGCUGCCGGAUGCUGGACUGUCUAGUAAUCGCAUGAUUAUGAAAACAAAUAGACUACCCGCUCUUCUUCCGCCAAUAAAGAAAUGAAAACUCCUUUCAUGCAAUUUGCAGUUGAUUGCGGUUAAUCGUACUGGAGCUUUUCAAUGGAGUAGGACUCAUUGGUCGAGCUGUCAUUCGAGCUAGGUCUCAUGAAAACCGACCCUUCUAUAAUCAGAUUAAGAGAUGCAUUACAUCCCAAGUAAUUUUACUAUUCCUGACUGGGAUUUAUACGGAAAUUGUCUCUCGGUGCAAGGCGGGAAUCAAGCGACUUCAAGGACUGACAUUUCCAAAUGAAAGCCAUUUAUUACUGAACUGAUAUAUAAAUUUGUAAAACUUUUUCGGUGGUGUUAUAUUGUAUAUAAUUCAAUCUCUAGAAACGCAUAAUAUAUUGUCUAUAAUCAGAUGAUCGUC